AAGCACGCAUCGCGAGGUGGCGUGUGAGAAAGAAAAGAGAAAGCAGAGGAAGGCAAAGGCAAGAUGGAGCGAGACCAAGACGAAGAAGAGCAGAGAAAGUGAGGAUGAACAACAUAAUCCGUACAAAGCAGUUUCCUUAAAUCAGAGUCGUAAAUUAAAUCCCAUUAUACAUUACAUCGCAUUCAACUCCAAACUCACUCCUAUGGGCGAACACACGCUAGGUCAAGGACAAUCCCUAAUCCAACCCCAACCCCAACCCCAACCCCUCCCCGCCGCCACGCCGCCGGACUCCGACCUCGCCAAUGUCCCACCGCAGACACACUCCCCCGCCACCAAAAUCCCCCUCCGCCCCCGCAAGAUCCGCAAGCUCUCUCCGGACCCUUCCACCUCCGAAUCCCAAACCGAGCCCCCCAAACCCGCCAAGUCCGGCGGCCGGAGCACGAAGCCCCCUCCUCCGCCGCGCGCCCUGGCGGUGGUUCCACGCAUAGUGGCGCGGUCACUGUCGUGCGAGGGGGAGGUUGAGAUCGCACUCCGAUUCCUCCGCAACGCGGACCCAGUCCUCUCCCCUUUAAUCGACAUUCACCAACCCCCAACCUUCGACAAUUUCCACACUCCCUUCCUCGCCCUCACGCGCAGCAUUCUCUACCAGCAGCUCGCGUACAAGGCCGGCACCUCCAUCUACACGCGCUUCAUCGCCCUCUGCGGCGGCGAAAACGGCGUCGUUCCCGACACCGUGCUCGCCCUCACGCCGCAGCAGCUUCGGCAGAUUGGGGUUUCGGGGCGCAAGGCGAGUUACCUCCACGACCUGGCGAGGAAGUACCAGAACGGGAUACUCUCCGAUUCGGCCAUUGUGAACAUGGACGACAAGUCGCUCUUCACCAUGCUCACUAUGGUGAAUGGGAUUGGGUCCUGGUCCGUUCACAUGUUCAUGAUUUUCUCUCUCCAUAGACCCGAUGUGCUACCCAUCAACGACCUCGGUGUGAGGAAAGGGGUUCAGCUUCUUUACAACCUUGAGGACUUGCCACGCCCCUCGCAGAUGGACCAGUUGUGUGAGAAGUGGAGGCCCUAUCGCUCCGUUGCUUCCUGGUAUAUGUGGAGAUUUGUUGAAGCCAAGGGAACUCCUUCCAGUGCGGUCGCGGUGGCCACUGGUGCCAGCUUGCAUCACCAGCAACAGCAACAGCAGCAACAACAGCCGCACCCUCCUCAGCCACAGCUUCUGGAUCCCAUAAAUAGCAUGUUUAAUCUCGGGGCCGCCUGUGCUUGGGGACAAUGAUCGCUAUCCAAAUUUGUAUCAGGCUUCGUUAGCUGUCGCUCAUACGCGAAGUUGCAAAGCCACGCUGUGAAAUGUAUUUAAUGAUAGAUCUUAGUACUGAAACUUGGACAUUGGGAGCAUUGAAGAAUUAGUGUAUGAUUUGCCUUGUGUUCAAUAAAACCAGUGCAAGAUUAAUAAAGGCCACUACUUAAUUUUGUUUUA